AUGGAUAUCGACUUCCACCCCGGUGUCAACGGGUCCAGCCCUUAUGUCGACUUUUACCCAUAUACACCCUCCGACACAGCAGGCUAUGCAUUCAUGGCCAUGUUUGGUAUCGCGACCAUCUCUCAUUUUGUCUUGAUGAUUCCAUAUCGCGCUGGAUAUUUCACUCCUCUCUUUCUAGGAGGUGUUUGUACAUUUCCCCGUUCCUUCAAGUGCUGGAUUGGAAUUCGACUAACACGAUUCAAACCAGGUGAAACAUUCGGAUACUACGGUCGAGCGUGGUCCCAUAAAGACAGAAGAGAUAUCUCCUCAUGGGCCCUCCAAGAAAUGCUCAUCCUUUGUGCCCCACCUCUCAUCGCCGCUACAGUCUACAUGGUCCUCGGUCGAAUCAUCCGCUGCUUUGGCGCUGAACAUCUACUCAGCAUGGCUCCUAAAAAGAUCACGGUCAUCUUUGUAUUGAAUGAUGUACUCACUUUCUGCACGCAACUAGGCGGUGCUGGUGUCCAAAUCACCGGAGACGCAAAUAUCAUGGCCAUCGGCAAAAAAGUCGUCCUAGCAGGUCUGAUUUUCUCCCUGGUCGUGUUCUCCUUCUUCAUUUGGAUUGCAGUCAGCUUGCAUCGACGACUUCUGAGGAACCCUACCGAUAUAUUGGUCAUGAACAAUAUUAAUUGGCAGCAGUACAUGUGGACUUUGUACGCUGCCUGUUUUGCGUUGAUGCUUCGAAAUCUUGUUCGGACCAUUCAGUUCGGGGCGCCUAAGACUUCGUCCGUUAAUCAAAAGGAGUGGUAUAUUUACGCUUUUGAUGGCUUUCUUAUGUUCUUUUCUAUGGCCGUUCUAGUCGUUUACCAUCCUGGGCUUCUAAUCAAGAAGGCUCGUCGGCUAGCGAAGGUUGCAGAUUUUCAUGAACCUUUAACGUCGGAUAUUCCGUUGACUCAGUAUGAGCCACGGAUGAUGGCAGUAUAG